AGUCCAAGGUGAACAGACGGGUGAACUCUGCUUGUGAUUGAACCGAGGAAAUCUUAGGAAGAGAAAAUGUUGAGAUACGCUUCUAAAACGAUCUCCAAGACUGCAUUGCAGCUGCAUGCCACACAGGUAUCGAGAAAUUUCCACGUCUCGAGAUUGGUGUUGGCUGCAAAGAUCUUUGACAUGCCUGCGAUGUCUCCCACGAUGGAGUCGGGCGCAAUCGUCGAGUGGAAAGUGAAAGAGGGCGAUCACUACAACCCAGGAGACUCGCUACUGGAUAUCGAGACUGAUAAAGCUACUAUCUCGGUGGAUGCCAUCGAUGAUGGUGUUCUAGCCAAGAUCAUUCUACCGGACGGAACAAAGGACAUCAAGGUCGGGACUCCGAUUGCGUUUCUGGCGGAGGACGGCGAUGACUUGAAAAAUUUGGAGUAUCCAAAGCUUCCUGACGAAGAGAAGCCACAGGCGACACCAUCUUCCGAGGCCGCCGAAACAGCACCACCAAAAACAAGCCCACCUAAAGAAUCCACAGAGUCUUCAGGAAAUUCUUCCACUCCGGCGGAAAAAUCACCGGCUUCAGCAUCCCCAUCCGCCACUUCGAAAGCUGCUAACCCAGCCCAGGUCUUCUUCCCUUCUGUUGAACGUUUGCUAGCUGAAAACAAGAUCUCUAGAGAGGAUGCGCUUGCGAAAAUACCGGCGACCGGCCCACACGGCAGGCUAUUGAGAGGUGAUGUUCUGGUACAUCUGGGUAAGGUGUCUGCCGAACAAAAUGAUACUCUUGUGAACUAUCUCGAGAAGACGUCACGGUUGGAUCUCUCGCAUAUCGAACUACUGGAGCCGACUGGCACAGUGGGCGCUGACUCCAAGACAGAGGGAAAAGCAAAGCCCAAAGCCAAGGAGCCUACCAUAAUUACCGAGAGUUAUCCGAUCGACUUGGAGGUGAGCUACCCUGAAUUGUCCAAAUUCAAGGCUGUAAUCUCUGAAGCUCUAUCUUCCUCAGAGCAACAGGCAUAUGCGUACAACACCAACCCAGUCUCUGAUUUAGACGAUCCUUUGUUUGAUGAUAUAAUUGCCCCAUCGAGAAACUCUGAUAGAUUCAAGAUUGAAUAUACCUUGAACUCAGAAGGUGAUGAAGUUUCCACUUUGGAGCUCAAGCUAAUCUUGAAUGACUCUUGCUUUGAUGCGAAGGACAGAGCGAUUGUCUUUGUGAACACUUUUAAGGAAAACCUUACAAAAGAAUUAAAAGCUUUUGAAUGAAAACUUGAUAAAUAAAUCUUUAUAACCGAAAAGAAUGAAAUUCUACUAAGCUAAAAAACAAAAAUAGCUAAAUAGUUAUGUAGUGUCCUUUACAUUCGGAACCUAAUCAGAAAAGCCUGACGAGCAGAUUAGUGUCGGAACAAAUGUACCUUUUUUUUU